GGCGUGUUCAUUUAGGCAGUGCUCUGUACAUUGUCAUAGGUAGCCUUUAAUACCAAGUUUUAUGCAAGCUGAUAUUUGCGCAAGCUAGCUGAACAGGCGUGGCGUCUUCAAAACAAUCUGUUUACCUGGUUCGAUAAAUAAAACGAAAUGGUGGCCGCCUCUGUUGCCAACCACCUAUGCCGCCCUGUAACUUUGCAGCUGAAUCAGUCAGUGGCAAACAACCUGCGGGCUGCUGGAUCAUGCAUUCUGCCCCCUCGAUUGCAGCAUCCACAUAGAAGACAUUCUGGCGCUCCAGCAUUCUCGAGUACAGCCCAGAGCAAGUCUCUUCUUUCUCUCAGUGGCAGCCCGAACUUGCGUACAGGACGAAUCUGGUCGUCGCCGCUUUCCAGGCGCCCUCUGAUGAAGGGGUUUUUGAAGGGUUUAUUGGGGUUUAUGGUGGUGGGCGGCACCACAGGGAUCAGCACAGGGACACCACCAGCUCUUGCAAGAGCCAAGAACCCAGAGAUUGAAAAGGCUUUGAAAGAAGUAGAUUGGCCAGAGGAGUUUCCAUUCUCAGCAAAGGACUUUGAACGCUAUGACGAGACGCCAGAUACGACGUUCUACUCAAGCCCACGCUUCGUAACCCACAUCGACGACUAUGCCAUCAAGGCGCUCACCAACUAUUACGCAAGCGUGUUUCCGCAGAGCAACACUCCAGGGAUUGCUGUGCUCGACCUUUGCAGUAGCUGGAUCAGUCAUUUCCCACCAAAUUACAAGCAGGAGCGGAUUGCUGGGCUGGGUCUUAAUGAGGCUGAACUGAAAGAAAACAAAGUGCUGACAGAGUUCACUGUCCAAGAUCUCAAUGUCAACCCAAAGCUACCAUACGAAGACAACUCCUUUGACGUCAUUGUCAAUGCGGUCAGCGUUGACUACCUCAAAAAACCACUUGAAAUCUUCAAAGAGAUGCACAGGGUCCUGAAACCCGGUGGACUUUGUGCUAUGAGUUUCUCCAACCGUUGCUUCUGGACGAAAGCUAUCUCCAUCUGGACGGGGACAAGCGACGUUGACCACGUGUAUAUAGUCGGGUCGUACUUCCAUUACACCGGUGGAUUUGAAGCUCCGCAGGCUUUAGACAUCUCACCCAACCCUGGCCGCUCGGAUCCCAUGUACGUGGUCUAUUCACGUAAGCUUACGGCUUAGGCUGGGCCCUCAAGGAGCUGAGGCCUAGGCAAAGUGUUCGAACGAUAGUCUCCUGGACACAUUGUCCAUAGAGUUGAUCUCGUGCUGCGCUGUGCCUGGAUAAUGUGGCGCUCUUCAAUUCCACCACGCGCACAUUAGUUGCUACUUGCGACUUCUGCGCAGCGUCUUUUGCUGUCACACGGUUCAAGCUUCAUCAGUGCGUGCACUCGAACUGGAGCGGGCACAC